UGAAGUUACAUUAAAAUAAGUUGUAAUAAGUAAUUCUGACCGGUGUUACGGUUAUUUCAAUGGUUAAGGAUUUGUCAAAAUUGAUAUUAAAGAGAAAGACGUACGUUUGCCUUCGGUCCUCGUCUUUAUUCAGCUGUUGAUCUGUUAGUGAGGUCGAAUAGGAAAUUAUAUUCAACUUAUAUACAUUUCUCUCAUUCUAUGUCUGGGUCCAGUUUAGUUUGCAUUAAUACCUAAACAUGUGGGUAAUGCCUAACUACAGUAGCCUGUCAUUGCAAGACAACCAGAGGGAGCAUUUCGGAUAGCAGAUUCAGAAAAAAGCUUUAACUUCAAUUCAAUUCUUCAGGGAACCACAAAAUCUUGCUACUACUGCUAGCAAUUCGCACAACCGCUUUCCUAUGAUCCAAUCACCUUUCCACAGAAAAGAACAAAAACAAAGCACUUUAGUAAUCCCUGUUCCAGAUAAUCUUCCUAAAACAGUGCGGCCAUUUAAGGAGAGGCCACACCGUUCGUGGACUUUGUUUAUGCGUUUGCGGCUGCGCUAAAUUCUAAUCUUAGCAUUGUUGCAUAGUUUUCGCUAAUGUAUUGUAUAAUGCCCUCAGUGCUGGUACCUGAUAGUUCCAAAUGGGUCCACACACUACUGGAGUUGUGCUGAACAAAUGGACGAGUUAAAAUAGAUUUCACGGAGACUCGCGAAUCAUUAGACCCAAGAGCGAGGACAGCUUCGUGUGUGAGUCUGCCUUUAGGUGGUGUGAUUCCCUAAAAUAUAUUAAGUAUUUAAAAUAUUCUGAAUAUCAGUGUGCUACAAAUAAUACUAUAGCCUACUCUUCUGUCUACUUGCAUGACCGAGAUGAAAUAUACACCUGACCUACUUUAAAUCUUUAGUUGCUGGUUAAUUUGGUAGGUGAUGCUCAUUAGUAACUAAAAUGUACAAAGAACAGAAGCUCAGCUGCAGCCCCGCAGAGGAGAACCCCAGGCCUGGGCUUCUCCCCCGGUCAUGGACGACCUGGAGGAGGACCUGACGUGCUCUGUGUGCUACUCGCUGUUCUGCGACCCGCGCGUGCUUCCCUGCUCCCACACCUUCUGCAAGGCCUGCCUGGACAAUGUGCAGCAGGUCUCCGGAGCCUUCUCCACCUGGCGCCUGCUGCGGGUGCCCCUCAAGUGCCCCAACUGCCGCAGCGUGGUGGAGCUGCCCCCUACGGGCGUGGAGGCCCUGCCCGCCAACGUCUCCCUGCGCGCCAUCAUCGAGAAGUACCAGCGCGACUCCUGGCCCCGCCCGCCCUUCUGCCCGCAGCACCCCCUGCAGCCGCUCAACGUGUACUGCGUGCAGGACCGCCAGCUCAUCUGCGGGCUCUGCCUGACGGUGGGCGGGCACCAGGGCCACGCCAUCGACGACCUGCAGGCGGCGCUGGCGCGCGAGCGGGAGGCGGCGGCGCGGCUGGUGGAGCGGCUGACGGACGGGCGCUGGGCGGAGCUGUGCGCGCGGGCGGAGCGGGCGGAGCAGGAGCGGGCGCGGGCCGAGGGGCAGCUGCGCCAGGACCGCGAGGCCGUCGCCCGCUUCUUCCAGGGCCUGGAGCAGACGCUGGCGCGCAAGAGGCUCGCCUUCAGCGCCGCCCUGGACGCUGCGGAGGCGGAGCUCGGGCGCGAGUACGAGCCAAUCCUGGAGCGGCUGAAGGGCAUGAAGGAGGAGCAGCUGGAGCUGCUGUCCUACGGCGCGGCGGUGGCGGAGGAGGAGGCGCCGCUGGCCUACCUGCAGAAGGUGCACGCGCUGCGGGAGCGGGUGGAGGCCCUGAUGGACACGCCCCUGCCCCAGGUGCGCCCGCUGUGCGUCUGCCCGCGGGCGGCCGACUUCCUGGAGCAGCAGUGGGCCGGGGUGACCCUCUCUGAGCUGGAGCAGUGCCCCGUCCCGCGAAUCGCCUGCUGCCACGACAGCCGCCACCGCAAGGAGGCCCCGCCCCCCUGCCCGGAGGCCCCCCACCUCUCAGCCGCUCUCCUGAUUGGUCUGCUCGCCCUGCUCAUCUCGCUGUGCCUCGGUCUGAUUGGCUUUCCUCAGGUGUUUGAGCAGGCAGUCAGAGACGCCGCGCUGUGCCUCGCCUCUCUGGCUGCAAACCUGCAGCUCCAGUCCACGUCCCUCCUCUCCUCCCUCUCAGACACAGCGGCUCAGUACCUGGCCUCCAUCGUCGAGAUUUUACUUGUUUAGUGAUUCAUUUUUUAUUGGGUCAUUUUUUUUAAGUGAAGAGAACUACAAAGAACAUAGAAUAGGGACUUUCAGAAGAUGUUCAGUUUAUAUCAUGAUAUAAGAGCAAAAUAGUGCAUAUUUUACUGUCAAUUAUCAAGCUGAGAUGUCUUCUGUACUUUCUGUAGUAAGCUUGCAUGUGUGUUUUUAAUUUUCUUUGGGGGGGGGGGGGGUGCAAUGCUGGUACUCAGUGUUAUAGCCCUGGGCUGCGAACAUGUGACGGACACUAAUGAUUUAGCUCAUAGCAUGCUAACCUGUAGCCCAGUUUUCUGUACACUGUCACUGGUGUGUUAAUGACUUCUGCUGUUGGCAUAACGACAGUGUUCAGAGAAAAUAAUUUUGAUAGCUUUUGUACCAAUGACUUACUGUAGUCUUUUAUAUCCAUGUUAAUGUCCAUUGAAUCUUUAUUGGCUAUCCAAAUGCACCUGGUUAAAAUAGCUGAGUUUAGGGUUGUGGUACGUAAAUAAGUAUUUGAAACCCACGAGUGAUUUUCCGCUUUCUCCUGUUAAAGGGACUUCCUCAUUGGCUGGGAUAUCAGAACAGUGCAUCUUAGCAAUAUUCUGCGGGUCUGUGCUAACUAAUCAUAGUGCUCCUUCCGAUCACUUGUUUUAGAGUAACUGAAUUUAAAAAAAAUAUCGGAGCACAAUUCGGAAGAUAGCGAGAGCUUCGGGAACACGUGGAGUUGAAGUGUGACGUGGAGCUCGCUUUGUGUCUGCUGGACAGAAUCGAAAUUUCAGCACUAAUUUAGCUCGAGUUCCUGGUAGCCAGGCAGUUAAGUUAGCUUCAGUGAAUGUAGCCAUUCAUUCAGUGGCUAGCACUUAGAGGGAUGCAGUGUUUGCUACAUUAUGUGCGGUAGGUUGUUAGGUAGUUUACGUAGGCUAGCUAGGGGAGUUAACAUUACCUGUCGGAUUGAUCACGUUAGCUAGAACCUGCUUUCAUCUCUCUGCUCUCUGAAAGGCCCUUUUGUAAAAACGUCCAGCAGAGUACCGAAUUGGGGACAGGUGUGUCCGGUAACUGUUAGUCUGAGUCUGGGAGAGGGUAGCCGUGUUAAAGAAUUUACAUGUAUAAAAAAUAAUUUUCUAACAUUAGGCAUCACAAACCACCGGGUAGAUGGCCAAUUAGACUAGCUAGUGAAUUUAGCAAAACCAGCAUUCAUUUGUUACUGAACUCCGUGACUAAAUGAAAAGCUGUACCUAGAAAUGUUUUUGCAUGUUCACGGUGAGUUGGGCGUGGCCAACGGACGUUAUGAUUUUAAAGAAGUUUUCAUAACGUCGUGAGCAAGACACCUAACCCCUAAUUGCUCCCAACGAGCUGAUUGGUACCUUGCAUGGCAGCCUUUCACCGUUGGUGGGUGUGUGAAUGGGUGAAUGAGAGGCAUCAAUUAUAAAAAGCGCUUUGGAUAAAAGUGCUAUGUAAAUGCAGUCCAUUUACCAUUUGGUAGUUUUAGUUAGCUGGUGGGUGGUGUGUAGCUUUAGCCUGGCCAUACAGCGAUGUGGGGCAGUUUCCCGUGGGUUUCAUGGUCUGGGGCAGCGGGAUAGUGCUGUAAGACCCUGCAGAAGCAGCCUGUACCCUUAUACCCUUAACCCGAUUAACACAAGCUGCUGAGUAAUAUGGGUCAGCUCUGCUUUUAUUACAAAUAAACCAGAGUGCAGCAGUCAGUAGACCAGGAAAGGCCUCUAAUGAAACGCGUUCACGCCGUCUGAUCUGCCACUGUAAAGUUCCCUCUCAACGAUUCCAACUUUGAACUGUUUUUACUAUGUAGUAAAAAAUAAUGUAUUUUCAAAAUUUCCAAUAAAAUCAUCAUUUCUGA